AUCCCCAGACUUCUGGAGUUGCUACAAGGAUGUUGGUAACCCCCCUCUUUGCACAGGAGCAGGGUUUAACAAAUUAAAAGGAGACUUGGCCUAAUUACCAGGUCCACAGCCAACAGCAAUGCCCUUUACGGGGCACAACCAUGUGCCUGCCGUGCCGUGAGUAGGUGCUCUUCCAUCCAAGUGGGAGAGCCGGGAGUCAAACACGGGCCUUCUGAUUCCAGAGCGUGGCCCCUUGGCUACUACGGGGAAGCCUCUGCAAAGUGUAAGCUCUUCUGAGCUGAAGCGCUUUGGGCUGUUUCUUUCUGGAUGGCCUUGGGGCAGGAGUAUGCGUCCUGGUGAAUUUGACAGUGUGGUGGCUGUUUGCUGUCCACCCCACUGUGUACGUGUUGUUGGUUCAAGGGCACCUGUUAUGGGCCACAUGCCACCUCUGGCAGAAGCCAGGGCCAAGCGUGGGCAUCACUCAUCAUCACUUCAUCCCUGUGGCCGGAGAACGAGACGGUUAUAGGUCAGUGUUGUUCCGUGUAAUUCUCAGGGAGCGUGACUCUCUGCGGUCAGAGAUGAUGAUCCUGGGCAUGAAUUUGCUGCUGCACCUGGCCUCCCGGCUGAGGCCUGUGCUUUCCUGGGAGGACACGGACUGGGCUGCUGUGACUGGCGAGGCCCUGCUGCCGGAGGGCAGGCAGACACCGGCUCUGUCGUUCAGCCCCAGGUUCCUGCAGCAGACAGCACAGCCAGGAGGCCAACCACAAGCUCUUAAGUUUUUUUACAACUGGCUUGGCCUCCCCCUUGCCUUUGUGGCUCUUGCUGUUCUCCUUUAUUAAGAUGAAAGGGGUUUUAGAUCUUUGCAGACACAGAGCCUGAGUGUGUGUUUGUGUGCGUGUGCAUGCACGCCCGUGUGCAAGUGUGCACAGGAGGCACACAGCACUUCCUCUCCUCCCCACCCCUUUCCCCCUCUCCCCAGCUGCCAGCUGGGGCCCAGGCAUUGUGUCAGGUACCACCCAAGUCACAGCGGAGCAGGGCGGGAGAGCAGCCCAGGAUUUCUCAGGGUGGGGGCCAGAAUCCCUCUGAGCCAGGACGUCAGCUCCAACCAUGGCACUGGGGCUCUUCCGGGUGUGUCUCGUGGUGGUGACAGCCAUCAUCAACCACCCGCUGCUGUUCCCACGGGAGAACGCCACGGUCCCCGAGAAUGAGGAGGAGAUCAUCCUCAAGAUGCAGGAGCACGAGCAGAAGCUGCUGCUGGAGCAGCUGCGCCUGGAGGAGGAACUGCGGCUGGCGGUGGAGACGGAGGCCCCGGAGCAGGUGGCAGAGGAGGGCCAGCAGCAGAUGGAGAGCCACACAGCCUGGGACCUGUGGAGCACGCUCUGCAUGAUCCUCUUCCUAGUGAUCGAGUUGUGGCGGCAGGACCACCAGGAUGGGCUAUCGCCCGAGUGCCUGGGCGGGGAUGAGGAUGAGCUGCCUGGCCUGGAGGGCGCCCCGCUCCGAGGCCUCACCCUGCCCAACAAGGCCACACUGGACCACUUUUAUGAGCGCUGCAUCCGGGGGGCCACAGCUGACUCGGCCCGCACCCGGGAGUUCGUGGAAGGCUUUGUGGACGACUUGCUGGAAGCCCUGAGGAGCCUGUGCAACCGGGACAGGGACAUGGAGGUGGAGGACUUCAUUGGCGUGGACAGCAUGUACGAGAACUGGCAGGUGGACAAGCCGCUGCUGUGCCAACUCUUUGUGCCCUUCACCCCCCCUGAGCCCUACCACUUCCGCCCAGAGCUCUGGUGCUCCAGCCGCUCGGUGCCCUUAAACCGCCGGGGGUACGGCCAGAUCAAGGUGGCCCGGGCUGACAUGGAUGCACUGGGCUGUAUCUGUGGCAAGACCAAGCUCGGGGAAGACAUGCUGUGUCUCCUUCAUGGCAAGAACAACUUGGUGCGGCCCAGCAGCGAGGUGGAAGACCUACUGUGUGCCAGAGGCUCCCCGUACCUGGACACGAUGCAGGUCAUGAAGUGGUUCCAGGUGGCCCUCACCAGAGCCUGGCACCGCAUCGCCCACAAGUACGAGUUCGACCUGGCCUUCGGCCAGCUGGACACCCCGGGGUCCCUCAAGAUCAAGUUCCGCUCUGGGAAGUUCAUGCCCUUCAACUUGAUCCCUGCGAUCCAGUGUGAUGACUCAGACCUCUACUUUGUCUCCCACCUCCCCAGGGAGCCGUCCGGGGAGACCCCGGCAUCCAGCACUGACUGGAUUCUGUCCUUUGCUGUCUAUGAGCGACACUUCCUCAGGAUGACAACGAAGACACUGCCCGAGGGCGCCUGCCACCUCAGCUGCCUGCAGAUUGCCUCCUUCCUGCUCUCCAAGCAGAGCCGCCUGACCGGCCCCAGCGGGCUGGGCGCCUACCACCUGAAGACAGCGCUCCUGCACCUCCUGCUCUCCCGGGGGGCCACCGACUGGAAGGCCGGGCAGCUGGAAGCUCGUCUGCACGAGCUGCUCUGCUUCCUGGAGAAGAGCCUGCUGGAAAAGAAGCUCCAUCACUUCUUCAUUGGCAACCGCAAGGUGCCCGAGACCAUGGGACUCCCCGAAGCUGUGCACAGGGCGGAGCCUCUCAACCUCUUCCGGCCCUUCGUCCUACAGCGAAGCCUCUACCUGAAGACAGUGGACUCCUUCUAUGAGAUGCUCAAGAAUGCCCCGGCGCUCAUUAGCGAGUACUCUCUGCAUGUCCCCUUAGACCACGCCAGCCUGCCCCAAAAACCUGUCGUCUUGUAGAGCCACCGGAAUCUCGAGGGCCAAGAUGCAGGGCAUCCCACGUGCCCACCCCACCUCCACAAGAACAUCUCAGGCCCUGUCCUGAGGAAACGGCAGGCUUUGUUGGGAGCCGUGGCUAGCCUGCCAGAAGCCGGGCCCUGUAAAGUGGAGGAAACAGAAUUCCAAGCUGGAAGGCAGUUUGCUUUCGCACAUUGGGGCCGGCCGGUGAAGCUAUUAUCUGGGUUUGGGGCCUGAGCCUUUGCCGCCUUUACUUUUGGAUCAUCACGAAUGGCCAAGAUGAUGAUGGAACACUCUCUGAACACUGAGUUUGAAAUAAUGCAACAUCACUUAGGUGUAAUUCUUUUUACACCGCAGGUCCAGUCUUUACUUGAAUAUCGGCAGAGAAUUGAAGGGAUGCUGAUAGGGAUCCGUGAUAAGACUGCACACCCCUAUUUCCAGGAACCCUUGGCCCCCGGCGUCUGCCACCAAAGCGCUAAUAGGGACAGAUGGGGGGAUUCACAACCGUCCAUUCGCAGCCUGCACAGUAGGGGUCCCACUGCGGCUGACGUGUUUUUGUACUAUUCGGAGACAAGACCUAAUAGAGAGUCAAGGCCCAAGUGGCUAAUGUCUCUGUUGCACAGAAGUGGGUACUUGGUGGCAGAGAGAAGUUGAAGUUGACCACUUUUCCAGCUACACACCUCAUUCAGGGUACACCCCCUUCUCCCUGCCCCUUUCCCCAGCUUGGUGCUGUGUCCCUAGCACCAUGGAUGCCACAUACCAUGCUGGGUACAAAUUCAGUUGUCCCUCACCCCUCCUUUUUCUCUCCACAGCUGGUGUGGGAGGGCAGAGGCCGAAGGUGGAAGCCGAUAGAAAAGGAGAGGCACCGGGUGACUGGGGUGAAGGGCAGCCUGGUACCUGGGGUCCAGGGGAAGUUGCAAAGCUGAGAGGUGAGGAGUGCUAUUGCCCUGAGUGCUCUUCAGGGCGCCGGCCCUAGAGCAGGGUGUCCUUGGAAGCAAGAGCAACUGCGGAAACCCAGCUCCUGUCUAUAAGCCCAAGACCCCCCAGCUAUUCACUCCAGCAGUUUCCUCGCUACACAGAACGCCUGUUCUGGGUGGGUCUUGCUGGCCACACAGAUGACCAAAACCCCAAGAGCCCAACAGCUCGGCUAACUAGGAACACACAGGGACAGCACUGUGGGCACAGCUCCCAGGCCUCAGAGAGGCCACCUCGCUGCCACCGGGGCUGCGGUCACUUGGCAGGCACCAGAGCCUGUGGUUGGAGCUGGCCCCUGUCUCCAGACCUGGUUCGGAAGGGUUGGGAAGCACUCCCCCUCCACUGUGGCUUCACUGGUCCUUCGGGAUUUCCUCUCUCGGCAUUGCCUCAGUAACCCUUGCAGAGGGCCGAGGAGGAGGCAAGGAUGAGUGUGUGCCUUCCGCAGCACCUGGGUCCUCCCUCCAGCGUGAAAGCGGGUGGAGCCUCCCAGACGGCACACCCCGUUCCACAGGCUGUUAGACUCACUGCCAGCUGAAGAAAGGAUAUUGUCCCUGCCCCAGGAGUGCCCUCACCUGGCCUCAGAGUGCUCAAGAUGGACAGUUUGCCCAACAGGGUUAAUUCAGGUUAAGGGGGGGCUCAGCUGCAGUGGGGCACUGAAGCCUGCAGGAAGCCUUCAGUGUGAGCCAGAGUUCAACAGAGCAGUGCUGGGGUCUGCCGCUCCCCAGGCCCACAGUGGCUGGCCUUCCAGGGACCAGUCCUGCCCACGUGGUCUCCAACAAUAGCCUCGAGCCCCUCAUUCUGCUGGGCUUUGUUUCCAGAGUCGGGGUGAAUUUCCUUAUUUAUUAUCCCCUGUGCCUUUCCUUUCCCUUCUUCAUCUUUAUCUUGUGCUUGGAAGAGACCCCUCUAACCAAGAACCAGCCUGCAGAGGCCAAGACCAAGCCUGACUCUCCCUCAGCUUCCCCUUUGCUUCCAGGAGAAAGUCCAAGGAAAAAAUCGCCUUGUUUGUACAGAGAGGACAGAACUCAGCGGGGAAACGGGGAUCUUUUAUGCACCGAAGCGGCUUCUGAAGCAGCAAGGCUCUUGGUGUUCAUGCUGCCUUAUUUAUAUUAAAGGAAGAAUUAAAUUCCUGCAAAAA